CGAAACCGCGGUGGCUAUCCUGAGUAAAAACGUACCCACACCAGAGUUGCAAUGCAGAUUUGCAAAGACUGGAAGACUUGUAAUGCGCAUCCCCAUGAGAGCCAUUUCCAAUCGUGUUUUUGAAUUUGUGAUGCUGUGAACAGGAUGAGCAGAUGAAUCUGUGAUGCGGCUGCACUUGCUAACCUGCACUAGUCUACACUGCGGAGUGCAAUUUGUCAUGCGUGACUCCCAAAACUCCUAGGUUUGUGUUGCAAAAUCCCCAUCCUGACUCUGGUGUGGGGACGUUUUUACUCAGGAUAGUGGCGGAAGGGGGGACGUCCGUGCACCGGUUUCUCACUACCUACAACCACACCUACAACCGGCCGGGGGAGUACGUGAUCACCGUGCGCUUCAAGGAGAUAAGCUCGGGGUGGCAACCCGCCAACGAUGUUGAAAACGAGCCCGCGGUGGUGGACUACAAGCAGGCCUGGAAGCAGUUGCUCAACGUCGGCUACCAGCACGCCGGCACGGGCAAUCUGCUAAAGAACCUGUUUGAUGGCGCUACCAAAGUGGAGAGCAGCUCCCUGUCGGUGCGGCCGUCGCUGCUGAACCGGUACUGGAGUGGCGCGGCGAUGACCAGUAUCAGUG